ACACAACUUCAGUCGACUCUUUCUUUUUGAAUGUAAAAAUUAAUAAAGAAUAAUUCUUCUUGGAUAUUUUGGAGUAGAUUAGAUUAAAUUCCGUAUUACAACAGUUAAUGUAAAAUACUCACCCCCUUUGUGAACCUCAUUGUCAAUCCCAUUAAGAAAGUUUGUUGGGUUUCACGAUUCGAAAGUUAAAAAGGAAAUGGAACGAAACACAAUGCUGAAAGACGAAGAAAUUCUUCGAAUUAUAAAAUCGUUUGUAUUGGAUAGAAAGUACGACAUGGUGGCUCUUUUUCUUGACAAUUUAGAUGAAAAGAGGAAAGAUAGUUUGAUGCUGUUCGAUGAGUACUGCCGUGCAAUGAUCGCAUUUUACCUCGAAAAAAGGGAGUUCGAGAAAGUUUACCAUAUCAUCGAGAAUGGUCAUUUCAUAAAUUCUGAAGAUUUGAUCGAGAUUUGGGACCAAGCUCACUACAGGGAACGAGAGGAGAACAUACACAGACCCUUAAACUCGCUGAUGAGGUUCAGGAUCCGCAAAAAGUUUCCGCCACCAAGAAACAUUUGUCCAUCUGGAGAGAGACCCCAGCACAAGUUGCCAGAGAGGGCAAGGGAAACUCUGAAGGAAUGGUUCAGUCGGCAUGAAAGCAAUCCCUACCCAUCCAAACAACAGAGAGAAGAAUUGUGUGAAGAAACCGGGCUCACAGAUUACCAGGUGAAGACAUGGUUUUCCAAUGCCAGACGCAAAGUCAAACACACAUCUCAUGGAGGGAAAACACAAAUGGGAGAUAGCAAGGCUGAUCAGAAAAUGUCCCUGCCAAUGGCCAACAAUAAACCACAUCUGUACCUCAGGCCUAACAUUGCUGCAGCAGUUGACAAUGAAAAAUGGAUCAGCGAUUGGAGCAUGACACAUCCUCUACAGAGUUUACAGGAAUGGCAGAAGAAAGCCUUUGGGAGCCCCAUUACCUCCCCUUCAUGUAACUAUCAGGAGCAAAGUUCACCGUAUGAUGCAAAGUGUUGGUCGUCUGAUGAAUACCAAAUGCAGUUCUUUAAAGAUGCUGGUUAUCCUGUAAGCAAUGCAGCAUGUGUGACUGAACCAUGUUACUAUGGUGAUGCUUUCAGUCAACCUUUGACUUUUCAAUUGCCAGUUACAAACCAGUUUAGCAGACAAAGUCUUCAGAGAGAUUCUUAUGAAGCAAACUUUCGCUGCCAGUACUGUAGAAAUCAAAUUCAGCAUAUUUUGCAGCAUGGUGACACAGAGGCAGCUUUGAUGUUGCUGGAUCUGCAGCGGCCCCUGAUCACUGGAGAAAUGCCCUCCAAUCAUAUGAACUAAGCCCCAACAGGUGCUUUGGACAAUGUCGUCAGCAUUAAGUCUACCAUUACUUUAUAUUCUAUGAUUUUUGAUGGAAAUCAGCCAAUUUUUGUUAUAAAAUCAUGUAAUCUAAUUGAAUGCAACAAAUAUGCUGGGCAUGUACUAGCUGAUCUCUUUUUAUGUGUACAUAAUUUUUUUUUUUUUUUUAAAGAAUGCACUUUUGUUUUUGUGUCCGUGUACGACAACACUUUUUUCUGCAUGUUGCAAGACCCUUAAACAAGAAUGUGAUCAUUAUUUAUUCAUAAUUUAUUUAUAAAUUAAUUAUUUAAAGUUAAUAUUUAUUUAAAUUAGAUAUUCUUGAUACUGUUUUUAAACUGAAAUAAAGAAUA